ACCCGUCGACCUUGUCGCGCCCAAAUUGCGACCGCAGACUAUAUAAGCAGAUUUUAACGCAAGCAAUGCAUCAGUUGUAUCACAGCCAAUCAUAUCAAUAUGUUCUCCAAAAUCGUCGCUUUGAGCGCGUUGGUGGCUGUGGCCACAGCUGGUCUGCUGCCCGCGGCGCACUACUCCCCGGCUGCCGCCGUCUCCUCCCAGAGCAUCGUCCGUCAUGAUGAGGGACACGCACCCGCAGCCCCCGUCGCCUACCACGCCGCUCCCGCCGCUGUUGCCUACCACGCUGCUCCCGCUGCCGUAGCCUACCACGCAGCACCUGCUGCCGUUUCCUACCACGCCGCCCCUGCCGCUGUUGCUUACCACGCUCCCGUCGCCAAGGUGAUCGCUCCCGCUCCCAGACUGGUCGUCUCUGCCCGUCACGAGGAAGAAUACGUUAACGCGCACCCCCAGUACGAGUUCUCUUACUCCGUUGCUGACGGUCACUCCGGCGACAACAAGUCCCAGCACGAGAGCCGCGACGGUGACGCCGUGCAUGGCGAGUACUCCCUGGUGGAAGCCGACGGCUCUGUGCGCAGAGUGGAAUACACCGCCGACGACCACCACGGCUUCAACGCCAUCGUGAGCAACUCCGCGCCCGCACACGCGCCCGUCGCGCACGCACCCAUCGCGCACGCGCCCGUCCUCCUCGCGCACCAUUAACUCGUCACUAGUCACAAGGGAUCUUAGUUUAUAAGAAACAAAUAUUCUGUAAAUAGGAAAAAUAUUUAUAAAUUAAAUGCAGCAAAUUGAAA